CCCUUAGCGACAAGCCGGGAGACGCCGGGAAAGCCUUAGAUACAGAUAGCAAUAGCAUCGCGCCCGCCCUGGGUUACCGCUACUCCGGUUUACCGUUAUGAAGUUAACCCGGAAGCAGGUGCUAUCAAGAGCAAAGGCCUCGGAGCUGGAGAGCAUCCGGAAGCUGAACUGUUGGGGCAGUCGGCUCACAGACAUCUCAAUAUGCCAUGAACUUCCAAACAUUGAAGUUAUGACGUUAAGUGUAAAUAGCAUAUUCACAUUGGAACCACUAAGUCAUUGUCAGAAUCUGACUGAGCUCUACUUGAGAAAGAACAAUAUUUCCAACUUGUGUGAGCUGUAUUACUUGAAACAACUUCCUAGACUUAAGAUCCUAUGGCUAUCUGAGAAUCCUUGCUGUGGUACAGAUCCACAUAAAUACAGAAUGACUGUGAUUCGUAAUCUUCCCAACCUUCAGAAACUUGACAAUCAAGCAGUAACAGAGGAAGAAGUGGCACAGUCCAUGACAGAAGGUGAAAACAUCACAACAACGCCUUCUGAAAAUCUAGAGAAUACAGAAAAUGGUCAACUUGAGACAACUGCAGACCAAACCAGUGCUGAGGCUACCUCAGAGACAGACACAGACUUGCUGAACUUUAGCAUGGAGGAAACAAACAAAAUUCGGGAACAGUUAGGCAUGAAACCUCUCCCCAGGGACAAAUUUUCUUCGUUUUCAUCACCAGUGGAGGGGAAUGGAAGCAGGAAGAAACGGAAUAACAUUCUUAAUGCUGUUUUACUACUAUUGAAAGACCUGGACAAAGAAGGUUUGGAAAUUGUUCAAAGAACUGCUGGAAACAGACUUCAUCAGCUGCAAAAGAAAGAACUCCAACAGGAUAGAUAAAUUCUAAAUCGCUGCUUUUUUUUGUCUGGAAUCCUAGAGUCUCUAAGGUGCAAUCCAGGCAAAACUUAAGCUAUGCACACUUCAUUAUACUUAAUAUGCUGCUCUGUUCCAUCAAAUCAUGUGGAAAAAAAAGUAUUUGCAGCCAUAUCCUAGAAGCAAAUUCUAUUAGUUUUGGCCAUUACAUAUUUCAGCCAGAAUGAGCCCAUCUGCAUUAAAUGUAUGUGUUCUAAUCCCUAUCCAGAAUAAAUAUUUGCAGUUUCUUGUUUACAAAGCAGAGCUUACUUCAGGCAGGUAGUAUAAUUAGCUAAGUUAGCUUUUAGGCACAAGUUAUUAAUAAAAUGCUCCUGGGGCAUAUAAUGAGGUGAAUUUUCACGCUGAAUAAAACAAACUGAAGUAAUAAAAUUAAAUAAAGAGAUCUGCCUUUUUUAUAUAUCUCAAAGUAGUGAUCCUCCACGGAAAUAUAAGACUUAAUAACAGGCUGAAAACCAGUUUUUUCUAAAGUCACAAACUGCAGAACAUCAGUAAUGAAGUGGUGACUUGUAUUUUAAAAUAUACUCCAAAUAAUUUAGCUUUCUGAAUAGUGUUACUUUGUUACAACUAUUACUUAGUUUUUAAAAACAUAUGUUAUGAAAUAUUUCACUUAUUAAUUUUGUGUUUGUGAUCUGAUUGGCAAAUAUCUGCUACCUGGCAAACAUUGGAUGUGUUCUGUUAAAAUUCUUUGUGUAUAUGUAUAACAUGAAAUUGGUCAAAUAUUUAAUGCUUGUCUGCAGUAUCCUAUAUUUUCCCUUGAAAGCGUUUAUCUAUUACCUGCUACUCCAGCUGUAAUGCAAUGCAACUUUCGUCAAACACUAGGCAUUCACAAACUCAGCAGCUGACAAACAUCUUGACACACAGGCUGACUAACUCACACUGACAUUUACGUAGACUGAUAUUCACUGACAAAAAGUGUCAUGAAGUCCAGGCAGAACACGGCAACUACUCGUCUUACUGCAUAUGGGAAUUAAAGUUAUCUCCUAAUGCAGAGGUAGGACUACAUCUCCCCUUAUGCUUUGCCAACAUUAUGUCUGUAAGAGCAUUGUGGUAGAUGUAGUCCACAACUUCUAUAAUGCUGAAGGUUGCCUUCCUCUGUCCUUAUGCAUGACCUUUUUUCAAAAUCACUCUGCAGCCAGUAGGAACACUAGUUUUGUACACUAUAGCAAUAUAAACCAACAGCACUGGACAUUAUAAAAACACUCCCUGCAGAAUCUGCCUGUUUUGGAGUUAUUUACUUACAACAUCGUUAUUCAAUAAGCUAACUCAUAAGCAUUUUCCGAUUUAACUAUUAUGUUUGGUUUGGGGAAAUAUUUUAUUUGAAAUCAAAUAAAGCACUAGAAUCUGUACACUAUGCAAGCAAGCACUGGGAUUUAUAAAUCCAACGUUUCCAUGGCAUUCAAUAUUAGACAGCACCGACAUGUUUCACUAUUUUCAAAAAGAUGCAAAGAAACUGGACUUCACUUUUGGAGAGAAAAGCAAUACAAAUAUAAAAAAUAU